ACAAUUCCAAUAUCCACUGGUCGUGGACUUCCUCCCUCUAAUACGAAACAACAUGUACACCCCAACACAGACACUUAUUAAAACAACUGCUAAUGUUCUCAAAAAGUUUAUGGGAACUACAGAUAUGGGAAAUUCUAGUUCUAACACAUUUGAUACCAAGACAUUCAAUCACCCACACUCAGGAAAGAAGCAUGACAUAAAAGAACUCUCUCCACUCACGUCCUUUAUGUUUUGAAAUGCCCAUGUGGCUUAAUGUAUGUGGGCCAAACUAAAUGUAAUCUUAAACUAAGAGUUGCCGCGCAUAAGGCGGCCAUUAGGAAUGGUAACAUGGAUUAUACCAUUGCUCGGCACUAUAGGGAGAAAAACCAUGGUUCAGCCACUUCCCUCAAAUUCAUUGCUGUUAAAAGAGUGUCACCCAAUCCAAGAGGGGGUAAUUUGAUUAACCAGCUCUUAGGAAGGGAGGCUUUUUGUAUUUAUGAACUGAACACAAUUGAACCUUAUGGACUCAAUGUUUUUUGUGACAUUAAUUUCAUGUUAUAUCUCUCUAUACAGGUCAUUUGGAGAUGAGGCACUAGGUCCCCUGGCCUUUCCAUUUAGUGGUGUACAGGGACAGUGGUAGGACCCACAGGAUAUUCCAGCUUAACAGUUACGAUACAAUACCACAUACAGCCCUCUUACAGAUAACACGACAGCACAGAGCAGAAUGCAAGGGGCUGCUAAAUGAGGAGGGUGAGAGAAGAAACAAAAAAAAGGACAGCGAAGCACAUGGGGGGAGAGAAGUUAACAUGACAGCAUGUGAAUCGAAGAGGAAGAGCGAGAAGAAACGGGAAUCAGCACAGAAAUACAGAGGGAUGCAAAUCUUAUGCAUCAUCAGUAAUGAACCCCAUCUUUCAACUUCUGCUUUGAUAUACACAAUACGAAAAGCAAAGACAAUUAGAGGACCCAGGACUGCAGCUCUCUACUCCCUCUGGCCAAAAGCAGCAGCAGCAUAGCACCGUUAGCAUCAAGCCUCUGGGGACAAUGCGCAAAGGCAGAGGGGGAACCUACAUUUAAACGGGCAAUCACUAGAGAUGCAACGUUAGGGUGGACUCACACCUUACAGCUGUCUUGUCCGACCAAAACCUAGUGAUUAGCAUAUAUGGGAAGGAGAUCUCAACAUUGAGUCAAAGUCAGCUAGACAAUCCAUCAUACACUCCACUUUGCUUUCAUGGAUCACGCUUUUUCAGAAGCAGCUGACAACUGGCCUUACAAUGACAACUUUCUGGCUGAAUUAGUCCUGCACUAACCAUGCAGUGGAAACGACGUCACUGCUGUACACACACAGCUAAACUUUUAUAUCUCCUCUCACUGUUGGGUGUACUGGUCUUUCUGGUCCACCAGGUGUGGCUGCCUAGGGUCACAGGUGUGCCAUGGUUGAGACGCCAUCCCGUGGUGUACGGGGGUGGUGAACGUCAUGCUACCAAAGCCAAGUGGAACGUCAGUGCUCAACAUUCAGCGUGGAGGUUUGUCACUGUUCCUCAGCCGACUUUCAAGGCUGAUGCCAACAACAACUCCCAUGAGAAGGAGAGUGUCUCCUCUUCUCCAGGUGAUCCAAGUUUUGAGAACACUUUGGCAGCCAAUGUAGAGGGAGAACUUAGUGGCCCUAUAACCCAUGGGCCUUUCACUUAUAUCAUCAAUGAGCCAGACAAAUGUGCAGAGAGCAGACCUGUACCAUUUCUAGUGCUGCUGAUAGCCACUGAAGCUCGGCAGGUGGAGGCAAGAAAUGCCAUACGGCAGACAUGGGGGAAUGAGAGUGUGGCUCCGGCUCUGGGAUUCAUCCGGCUGUUUCUGCUGGGGAAAAAUGAGGGAGAGCUGGGACUUUUACAGCAGAGAAUGCUAGAAGCUGAAAGUCGGAGAUAUCACGAUAUAAUUCAGCAAGAUUUUAUGGAUUCCUAUAAAAACCUGACCAUUAAGACAUUGAUGGGAAUGAACUGGGUGGCAAUUCACUGCCCGCAAGCCAGCUAUGUCAUGAAGACUGACAGCGACAUGUUCGUCAACACAGAGUAUCUCAUUUACAAGCUGCUCAGGCCAGAAACUAAGCCUAGGAAGAACUACUUCACCGGAAAUAACAUGAGAGGCUUUGCACCCAACCGAAACAAAAACAGCAAGUGGUACAUGCCCCCUGAGCUGUACCCAAGUGACAAGUAUCCCACCUUCUGCUCUGGGACUGGUUACGUCUUCUCUGGAGACUUGGCGAGGAACAUCUAUCGAGCAUCGCUAAGUAUCCCUCACUUGCAUCUGGAAGAUGUGUAUGUGGGGAUAUGCCUGGCCAAGCUCCAGAUCGAGCCCACUCCUCCAUCCAAUGAGUUCCUAUUCAACCACUGGCGGGUGUCUUAUUCCAGCUGCAAGUACAGCCAUCUGAUAACGUCACAUGGGUUUCAUCCCAAUGAACUACUGAAAUACUGGCAUCACCUGCAGAGCAACAAACUCAAUGCCUGCAUCAACACAAUGAGGGUGAGAGCAGGCAGGACACACACACACAGAAUGAAAGAGAAACCCGCUUGAUAACUGAAAAUGUUAAAAAAAAACUCAGCACAUGCUCUUCUUGACUUGAUAUCAAGGGAUUAAUAAAACUUUGGGGAUAUGGGAACUGAAUAGAAAUUCUGCAUAGAUGUGUAAACACGAAUGAUGUGCUCUAAAUGAUUGCCAAUUUUGUACAAAAGAGAUAAAUGUUUUUUGCGAGUGAAAUUACUAGAGAUGUUAUGUACAUGGUAUAUUUACAAGAAUAAGUUUGACUUGUGCAAAAUCUAUUUUUUGCAAUAAGGUAAGAUCUACUGUAUGUAUUUUAUAAAUGCAAAGUGCACAGGGUACAGUGCCAAUAAAAU